AUGAGCCAAACGAUCAAGGAGAGGAUCGAGGUGGCUUUCUUCGAGGUCACCAAAGAUGCCCACAUCGGCGACAAGAUCUCGCAGUGGUUUCCACACACUGUGGAGGGCCGAAGCGAGUUUGCGAAGGUCAUGCUGCAUUAUGUUGGCCUUCCGGAAGUGGCCAAGCAUGUGCAGCCCCACCGGGCGAUCAACCACAUUCCUGGAGACUCCAAGAUGGACAUGUGGCUCAAUCCCUGGAUGAUAGAUUACUCGCGCCAGUGCAAGUACGGCGAGAGCUCCAAGUACCCGGACAUGUGCACACUGAAAGUUCACUUUCUUUCGAUCCUUACUACUGGCUUCGAAGCUUCGAGGGAGCCACUAGACGUGAGGUUUCUUGGGGAGCAAGGGCCCAUGCCCAUUGUGGACGGCAUCGAAAUUUUCAGCGUGAAGCUGGUCGACGGCUUUACGAAAAGCUUGUGUGUCCAGGCCAUCUUCGCGCUGCUGCACAAGCUGGACUGCUUGGACAUCACUUUUCAGGAGUUGGCCGAGGACGACAGUAUGGCGAUGUGUCUGGCAACCCUGAAGUACCUAAAGGGUAACUUCAAGAGGCACGAGCGCGAGGAAGAGUAUCUCUACGAUGCUCUUGCGUUGACCCAGCGGACUGGAGAGAAACAGCAGGCCAGUCCGAUGGAGUUGGUCUCUGUGUUCAGUGAGGCAAUUCGUUUGAAGAAGACCAUCGGUGCCAAAUCAACCCGCGACCUUCUCAACCUCUGUGUCCAAGAUUACAAUAAGGGGAGACUUUCUGAUACCUGUCAGGGGCAGAAGCUCAAGCAGGAAACCGUGAAGAUCAUCUACAAUGUUGUGCGAUGCCCUUUGGUUUUCAAGGAGACCUUGAUGACCAUGUACAGUGACUACCGGCACUUCAAUGCAGGUUGUGAGCUUUGCUUUGAACUUGACAUUCAGAGCAGUUUCAGAAUCAAAGUUGUACAGUGUAACACAUGUUUAUCCCUGUCAGCUCUCACGCUCGACAAUCUGGCUGGUGAUUUCUACAUGCAUGGGACCGAUUUAGCAAAGAAUGACAAGGGGAGAUGGCCGGAGAUCCUCGUUUCUCAGUUGCAGCCAAAUGUUAGCUGA